CGAGGCGGGGCGAGCAUGCUCGACAGACCCGCCAUUUUGUUUUUUAUUUUUUAUUUUAAGCCUGGUAAAACAUUUCAGACGCAUAGCAUAACUGGACCCGACUUAACCCUAAACCUUACCCACAACACAGAACCUCACCAGCCUCCAUCUCAGUCUCACCCACCGACCCAACCAGCUCCCUCUCUCCGUGCCCGGCGCCAUCGCGCCUCUCCUCUCUGUCGCAGGUUCGCGCCCCGCCGUCGCGCUGCUGCUCCUCCUGUGUCGGAUCCACGGUGUUCUGUAUUUCUUUCGAUAGUUCAGGGGAAGAAGAAGAUGAGGAAGAAGAAGCAACAAUCUGUUGCAGAGGCUGAUGCAGUUCAAGAUUUAGACUCUGUGAUUCAUGACCAUACUCUUUUCUUUGACAAGUUGAUUGAACUCAUCCCUGCCAAGUUUUACCUUCCAACCGACGAUAAGGAUAAGCCGUGGUUUCAGGGUCUCAGCAAGGCUAAGAAAGCCGAGGCGAAGAGGGAAACUAAGGAGAAUAUUAAGAAGUCUCGAAGGGAACGGUUGGAUCCUGAAAAUCCCCCUGCCACUACUCUUGACUUGUUGAAGCAGAACUUGGGUAAGGAGAAAGCAAAUGAGAGUAGCGAUGAGGAGGACGGUGAGGCUAAGCCCAUUGCCCUUGAAGGGGACAAUCGGUCUGUGACUUAUGAAGAGCUUCGGCAAAGGCUUCAUCGUAAGCUUGAGGAGUUUCGUUCAAGUCGCGAGAAUUCGGGAAGGUCAAAGAAGAGGGAGGAAAGAAAUGCGAAGAGAGGGUUUGAGGACAGGAAACGCAAGAGGGGUAGUGAAAAUGAAGAAAAUAAAGUUGCAAAGAAAGAGUCUACAGAGAAAGUGAAGAAGGAUGCUGCCGAGACCUCGAAAGAGCUUGUGUUUGGUCAUAUCAAACUUACAGAUGGUGAAAUGCAAGGUAAGAAGAAGAGGAAACUUUCGAGGCAUAAGGAACUUGAAAGGGCAAAGAAGUUGGAGGAAGCGAAGAAUGAUCCCGAGAAAGGUGAGGCUGUUGCAAAGAAGCAAUCGUGGAAAGCAGCAUUGGAUAGAGCAUCGGGGAUUAAGGUUCAUGAUGAUCCCAAGCUGUUAGAAAAAAGCAUUCGUAAAGAGAAGAAGAAGCAACAGAAGAAUGCAGAGAAAUGGAAAGAGAGAAUUCAAACAAGGGACCAGUUGAAGGCAGAGAAGCAGCAAAAGAGAUCAGAUAAUAUUUCUGAGAGGAUUCAUCAGAAGAAGAUGCGUAAAAUCGCAAAGAGAGAGAAAAAGCUUUUGCGGCCUGGCUUUGAAGGUCGCAAGGAAGGUUUUAUCACUGAAGGUUCCAGUUAACUUAAUUCAAUGUUGGUUGGUAUCUUUCCUUCAUAGAAUCAUAAUAUUUUGAGUGUUAGAAUAUGACAAAUAGAACAUAUCAAUUUCUAUGUCUGGUUUAGUAUGUCUCUUAAAAUUGAACAAUUUUUUUUUUUCUAUGACGGGUAUUCAUAUAACAUUUUGGCAAUUCAGCAGUCCAUAUGAUCAGUUUCUGGUUAUAGUGGAAUACCGGCA